GCGCACAACGUCAAGUUCAAUUUUCUGCGCCGCGUCUCCCCACAAGAACCACACUGUUUCCGAGCAUCCCGGUUAUCCCUUCGCAGAGCGGGUCGAUCGUUAACGCGUAGCAGUUCGGCCAUUGUGUAAAAAGAAGCCACGGCGCUCGGAUAGUGUACGCUGAGGACAGGACGUGUAGUUUUCCCAAGUUUUCCUCUUGUGAUAUUUAGAUUGUGCCAAUAUAGUAACGAGGGAACGAAGUCCGAAAAAAAAUGGAAGACGACCAGCAAUUCUGCCUUAGAUGGAAUAAUCACCAGAGUACAUUAAUUCAAAACUUCGACACGCUUCUCGAAAGCGGGACGCUUGUCGACUGCACGCUGGCCGCGGAGGGGAAAUACUUGAAAGCGCAUAAAGUAGUGCUAUCUGCUUGCAGCCCCUACUUCGAGGGAUUGCUGAGUGAGCAUUACGACAAACACCCGGUGUUCAUUCUAAAAGAUGUAAAAUUCAAAGAAUUAAAAGCAAUGAUGGACUAUAUGUACAGAGGGGAAGUAAAUAUUUCCCAAGACCAACUAGCAGCACUUCUUAAAGCUGCUGAAUCAUUGCAAAUUAAGGGUCUAUCAGAAAGUAGAACAAGUGGUAGUAGUAAAACGGACUUUAGGCAACAAAAAGUAGUUCCACAAACAACAUCUCAAAUGGACAUUCCACAAUCGUCUUCCGGUCUCACGAUAGAAAAGAACAAAGUUCCUAGGCAGGGUAUGGCACAAGGUUCCGUAGGGGACCUGCCCGAAGACUCGGCCAGUCCCCAAAUACCUAAGGGUCUCUCCUCGAGGGAAGGUUCUCAAAGUCCCACUUCGAGGAAAAGAAAAAAAUUUAGACGAAAAAGUAUAGGCGAUGAUAAUUCUAUAGAAAACCACGAAGCGUCGAAUUCAAGCGAUAUGCCUCAACAAAUGAGUGUUCCUGCGCUUGGAAUUGCACCUGUGGCAGAUGAAAAAGUACACGCAGACCCUACAGAUUCCAUUGGCAGGUCAGCCUUAAUGACGCAGCUGACGAAACCUGCCGAUGAAAUGCUGCAGUUGCCCUUGGAGAAACCUGAGCCAAAUGAUAAUCUCAUCGAGCCAAAGUCUGAAUAUCUAGAAGAUCAAGAAGAAAGCGUUGAAGAUCUGACGCUGGAUGACGAUAUGAACGAUCUGAACGAGAUGGAACAGGAUAACAAUAGAGCCGGACCGUCCCACGACCCCUCCCAACAUCCUGCAGGUAUAGGUGCAUGGCACGUUACCGGUGAUCGAAGUAAUGCGGGAGGAGUCGUGGGCUCGGUGGCAGGAGCUCCGGGAACGACAGACGAAGUCUUUCUUGCAGCCCAGGAGGCCGCCCAGGCCCACCGCGACUCUCAAGGGAGAACGUUGGGGAAAGCGAAGAGUCUUGCUGCGUGGCCCACGAUCGUCGAGGAGACCAAGAAGAAGUCGAUCGUUGAACGCGACGCGACGACAAGCGCGUACAAGAUGCUCGAAUCGAAGGAGUCGCGCAGGGGAAAGAACUUUUGGAAGGAGGGAGGUGCGAGAACCGAGGAUCCAUCGGACGAGAUCGUCUCGCUCACGGAGGCAGAAUCCUCCGCGUGCGACGAGGAGUCGCGAAAUGGAAGAACAAUGGCAAAAAAGAAUGCUUGCAAACGGGGCGAAAGUUCUCGAAACAGAGAGAAGGAACGUAAAUUCAAAAUUCCGCAUAACGGCGCGAAGAUGGAAUCUUGGGAUCAACGCGAAUUAUCCGAACGAAAGAUAACGAUUCCACGCAACAAGGGAUCGUCCACGUGCGAUGAGAACGAAAACGAAAGUGAGAGAGGGGAAAGAUUCUCGUUGGCUCGUAUAAAGAGUCCGAGCAAAGGAUCGCGAAGGAAACGUUCGUUCGUGUUGGCGCGUAACGAUUGGAACGGGAGCGAAGACGAGGACGAGGACGAAAGGGAGGGGAUGAAAAUUCACGCGCGGAGGAGAAGCAGAGGGGACGGAAGGGAGAAAAUUUCGUUCGCACGGAUGGAGAGGGAACCGUCGUCAACGUCGUCCAGUAACAACGUCGUCCCUCACGUGCGAAUAGAGAGACUCGCGAGUCGUGACGAAAUCGUGGACGAACGGGACGAACGAAAGGAGAUUAAGAGAGAAGAAAGCUCGUCGGCGAGCAGUGGCUCGUUGGAGUGGAUGGACGCGGGGGACGCGAGGAGGUACACGAAAAGUUAUAGGUGCGAGUGGUGCGAAAAAACAUUCGACCGCGCCACCAAUUUGUCGUCGCACUUGAACAGAACCUGCCUGAGGAAUCCGGAUACAAUGAGGAGGCAGAAUUUCAUCGACACAUUGUACGUUUGCGACACGUGCGGCCGCCGUUUCAAGCACAGAAAGAAUUUGACCUUUCACUCGCGGAACGAAUGCGGAAAAGUUAGCACGUGCGAGUUCUGCAAGAAGGAUUUUAAGGCGGCGAAAGUACCGUACAGGCAUCGUGAAGCGUGCAAGAGGAAGCAUGAGCAAACAAAUGCCAUUUCCGUAGUGCUUCGCACUAGGGCGUCUCGUGGCCAUGAUGGCAACGAUUCCAUCGUGUCCGAUAGUUCCACUUCGAAUUUUAUGUUCGAGGUUAUAUCGGACAGCGAAUAACUUAUUUCGUAAAAU